AUGGAGACAACACAAGCCUGCGCCUGUGACAAACUUGUGCAAGGGAAACUCUUGCGAGGUCCCCGGAGACGAUGGCAUUCUGGAGGCGAAAUACUUAUGUUGCUCUUUAUAAUAACUGAGAAUCCUCUUUAUGCAGAGAAGGAACGCCAUGUGAAAGCCAAUGCACGGGACUAUAAUGACAGGUUCUCUUAUGCUGACAACCACAUCAAAACCUCAAAGUACAACAUCUUCACCUUCCUGCCCAUCAAUUUGUUUGAGCAGUUCCAGAGGGUUGCGAAUGCUUAUUUCUUAGUGCUGUUGAUCCUGCAGGUAAUUCCAGAAAUAUCCUCUCUGUCCUGGUUCACAACCAUCGUGCCUUUGGUGAUGGUGCUGGUAAUCACUGCUGUCAAAGACGCCACAGAUGAUUAUUUCCGUCAUAAAAGUGACCAGCAAGUCAACAACCGUCAGUCUCAGGUUCUCAUCAGGGGAAGUUUGCAGAAUGAGAAAUGGAUGAACGUUCGUGUGGGCGAUAUCAUCAAACUAGAGAAUAAUCAGUUUGUUUCUGCAGACAUUCUCGUUCUCUGUAGCAGUGAGCCUUGUGGACUGUGCUAUAUUGAGACUGCAGAGCUAGAUGGAGAGACUAAUCUGAAAGUCCGUCAGGCCUUGACAGUAACCUCAGAUUUGGGAGAUAUUACAAAACUGACAGAUUUUGAUGGGGAAGUAAUUUGUGAGCCACCAAACAACAAGCUGGAUAAAUUCACAGGAACAUUGUUCUGGAGAGACAAUAAAUACCCUCUGGAUAAUGAGAAGAUGUUGCUGCGAGGUUGCGUACUCAGAAACACUGAGUGGUGCUUUGGGAUAGUCGUCUUUGCUGGAUUACAGACUAAAUUGAUGCAAAAUUGCGGAAGGACUAAAUUUAAAAGGACCAGUAUUGACAAACUGAUGAACACUCUAGUUUUGUGGAUCUUUGCAUCCCUCAUUUGUAUGGGAGUGAUUUUGGCCAUUGGAAACACUAUUUGGGAGAGUUUUAUUGGCAGAAGCUUCCAGGUGUUUUUGCCCUGGGAUAAAUUUCAGAGCAGUGCCGUUUUCUCUGGCUUCCUCACCUUCUGGUCCUACAUCAUCAUCCUCAACACUGUUGUGCCCAUCUCACUGUAUGUCAGUGUGGAGGUUCUGCGGCUUGGCCACAGUUACUUCAUUAACUGGGAUGGGAAGAUGUACUACAGUCAGACUGACACCGCAGCUGAAGCUCGUACAACCACCCUGAGUGAGGAGCUGGGCCAAGUGGAGUUUAUCUUCUCAGACAAGACCGGCACCCUCACCCAGAACAUCAUGGUCUUCAGCAAGUGCUCUAUUAAUGGACAGACGUACGGUGACGUCUAUGAUGAAUUUGACCAGAAGGUGGAAAUCACAGAGAAAACAGCCUGUGUGGACUUUUCCUUCAACCCUCUCUGUGACACAAAGUUUAAGUUUUAUGAUGGCAGCCUGGUCGAAGCCAUUAAACUGGAGGAUUGUGCAGUGCAGGAGUUCUUCAGACUGCUGGCUUUGUGCCACACUGUCAUGCCAGAGGAGAGGAGUGAAGGAAAUUUAGUGUACCAGGCCCAAUCACCCGACGAGGGAGCCUUGGUCACCGCAGCACGAAACUUUGGGUUUGUCUUCCGGGCCCGAACCCCAGAGACCAUCACACUGUGUGAAAUAGGACGAGCAGUCACCUACCAGCUGCUGGCCAUACUGGACUUCAACAACGUGCGCAAGAGAAUGAGUGUCAUUGUGAGAAAUCCACAAGGCCAGAUUAAACUGUACUCCAAAGGAGCUGACACUAUCAUCUUUGACCGCUUGGACCCCUCCAGUGAAGAUCUCAUGUACACUACCUCAGAACAUCUCAAUGAAUUUGCUGGAGAAGGUCUCCGGACUUUAGCUCUGGCCUACAAAGAUCUUGAUGAAGAUUACUUUGACAUUUGGAUGAAGAAGCUCCUGUUUGCCAGCACUGAAAUUGAGAACCGUGAGGAACAGCUGGCGGUUUUGUACGAGGAGAUCGAGCAGGGCUUGAAGCUUCUAGGGGCCACAGCAAUCGAGGACAAACUUCAGGAAGGGGUCCCUGAAACAAUCGCCCGCCUAAAUCUGUCCGAUAUCAAGAUCUGGGUCCUCACAGGCGACAAACCAGAGACAGCCAUGAACAUCGGCUACUCCUGCAACAUGCUGCGAGAUGACAUGAAUGAGGUGUUCAUUAUCUCCGGUCACACACUGCUGGAGGUGCAGCAGCAGCUCAGGAGUGCUAAGGAGCACAUCCUCAGUCUGAGUCGAGUUAGCAGUGCAGGAAAUUUUGAGAAGGCAGACGUGUUUGCAGAUGACUCUGUGUUUGAAGAAACCAUUAUUGCAGAGUAUGCCUUAGUCAUCAAUGGACACAGUCUGGCUCAUGCUCUGGAGCCACAGCUUGAGCAUGUGUUAGUGGAUUUGGCCUGCUUGUGUAAAACAGUCAUCUGCUGCCGGGUCACCCCGAUGCAGAAAGCUCAGGUGGUGGAGCUGGUGAAGAGGCACAAGAGGUCUGUCACCCUGGCCAUUGGAGACGGAGCCAAUGAUGUCAGCAUGAUCAAGACCGCUCACAUCGGUGUUGGCAUCAGCGGUCAGGAGGGGAUGCAGGCUGUUCUGGCAUCAGACUACUCCUUCGCUCAGUUUCGUUACUUGCAGCGGCUCUUGCUAGUGCACGGGCGCUGGUCCUACUUCCGCAUGUGUAAUUUCCUGCGUUACUUCUUCUACAAGAACUUUGCCUUCACCCUGGUACACUUUUGGUACGGUUUCUUCUGUGGUUUCUCAGCUCAGACUGUGUAUGAUCAGUGGUUCAUUACCCUCUUCAAUAUAGUCUAUACGUCUUUGCCAGUCCUCGCAAUGGGACUUUUUGAUCAGGAUGUGAAUGACAAGAACAGCCUACGUUACCCGAGUCUGUACAAACCGGGCCAACAAAACCUUCUCUUCAACAAACAACAGUUCUUCCUGUGCACGCUGCAGGGGGUGGUGACAUCUUUCCUGCUCUUCUUUAUUCCAUACGGAGCCUUCUCUGUCAUGGUGAGAGAGGAUGGCUCCCACUUUUCCGACCAACAAACGUUUGCUGUCACCAUAGCAACAUCCUUGGUCAUUGUUGUAAGUGUUCAGAUUGGACUUGACACACACUACUGGACAGCUGUCAAUCACUUUUUCAUAUGGGGGAGCCUGUCUGUCUACUUUGCCAUUUUAUUUGCAAUGCAAAGUGAUGGCAUAUUUGGCAUCUUUCCAAGUAAUUUCCCAUUCAUUGGAACGGCCCGCAACUGUCUAUCAGAGAAGAGUGUGUGGUUGGUUAUUCUGCUCACCACAGUGGUGUGUGUUGUCCCCGGCGUAGCAGUCAGCUUUCUGAGAGUGAACCUUUUCCCACCUCUAACAGACAAGGUGCGUCAUCUACAACAGUCUAGAAAGAAACAAGGACCUCAGGAGCAGAACCUGAGGCGAGUACGCAGGACGAGCUCCCGCCGCUCUGCCUAUGCCUUCUCCCACCAACAAGGCUACGGAGAGCUGAUCACCUCAGGCAAAAACAUGAGGAUGAGCUCAGUCUCUUCUGCACGCUCCCCUGGAAAAACAGCACAAAGCUCCACCUGGAUAGAAAACAUUUUAAGGAGAAAGAAUGAAGUUUCUUGCACCUCUGAUGAAGGCAGUGGAGCACCAGAAAGCAGCAGCAGAGUCACACAGACUCCAAAACAGCAGCACACAGACUGA